UUCUUCCUGUUCGAGAAGGGGAGGGAGAAGGUCAAACAAUUAAAUGUGAAUAUUAAAAGAAAAAUACAUGAAAACGAGACAAGAAAUAUGCGUCGACGCGUGAAAAAAAGCGCGUCAUUAACUGCGUCCAAGUUGCGUAAUGCGUGACGAGGAUGUGAGAUAAUGGAAGCGGCCAUGUCGCGAAUUAUCAUGGCGUCGGUGUUGGUGUUGUUGUUGUGUGGGUCAUCGUCGGCGUCGACUUUUUCGUGGUCAUUGAAAAGCAACGACGAUGUCGAGGAUCUGAAAAGUGGCUUUGUCGGUGUCGAGGAUCAUCCGGACCCGGUUUUCAGCACCCCGUUAGCCAGGAACCAGGAUGUGAAAGGGAGAAUAUGUAUUGGGACCAAUGGACGGAUGUCAGUGGGCUCAAACAGGGACCAUCACUACCAGAACCUCAAGGACAGAUACACCAACUGCACCUUUGUGGAUGGCAACUUGGAGAUAACUUGGAUGAAUGAAGAUGCAGACCUCAACUUUUUGCAGUACAUCAGAGAAGUCACUGGCUAUGUGCUCAUUUCGCAUGUCAACGUCCGCCAUGUUGUCUUGCCCAGUUUGCAAAUCAUCAGAGGCAGGAACUUGUUCAAGUUGCCUUUGCAUGGGGAAUUUGCCUUGGCUGUCACUCUAGGCAAAAUGGAGACUCUGCAGAUGCCUGCUUUGAGAGCCAUCUUGAAUGGGAAUGUUGGGAUAUUCAACAACUUGAGGCUGUGCCAUGUGCGGACCAUCAAUUGGACAGAGAUCCUGGAUGGCAGGGAUGCCAGGGCAACUUACCAGUACAACCUGACAGAGGCUGAAAGACAGUGUGAAUGUGAUAAAAGCUGUGAAGCUGGUUGCUGGGGUCCAGGUCCUGACAACUGCCAAAAGUUCUCCAAAAUCAACUGCUCACCCCAGUGUGAACAAGGAAGGUGUUUUGGGCCUGAGCCCAGGCAGUGUUGCAACUUGUUCUGUGCUGGAGGCUGCACUGGGCCUAAGCAGAGUGACUGUCUGGCCUGCAGGAAUUUCUACGACGAAGGCGAGUGCAAGGAAGAAUGCCCACCCAUGCAGCGCUACAACCCGACCACCUACUCCUGGGAACCCAACCCCGACGGCAAAUACGCCUACGGCGCCACCUGCGUGAAAAAGUGCCCCAAGCACCUCUUUAAAGACAACGGGGCCUGCGUCCGAGCGUGUCCACCCGACAAGAAAGUCGAGAAGCAAGAAUGUGUCCCGUGUGAUGGCCCGUGCCCGAGACAGUGCAAGGCUGCCAAGGACGACGACGUCAUUCAUUCUGGCAACAUUGACCAGUUUCGGGGUUGCACGGUGAUCCAGGGUUCCAUACGGAUUAUGGAUCAUACGUUCACGGGGUUCCGACCCCUGGUGGAGGAUGGCAGUGGGUUGCUGGGUGAGCCGUACCCGCCGAUGCAUCCCGAUGGGUUGGAUGUGUUUGCGUCGUUGAAGAAAGUCACGGGGUUCAUCAGCAUCGAGGCUAAUCAUUCCGACUUUAGGAAUCUCUCGUACUUUAGGAACCUCGAGGAAAUCCAAGGCGUGGAUACCAACGAGUACUCAGCACUCUACAUAAUCAAGACCUCGUUGGAGUUUCUAGGACUCAGGUCACUCAAAACUGUGUCAGGUGGUGCUGUUUCUAUCCUGGAAAACGACAAUUUGUGUCUCGUCGACUCCAUUGACUGGUCUCGCAUUAAACGGUCUCAAUACGAACCCUUGCUCAAGAAAAAUGCGCCGCCUGAAGUUUGCCGGAAAAAGGGUUUGGAAUGUGACCCACAGUGCAGUGAAGAGGGUUGCUGGGGUCCAGGAUCCAAUCAGUGUGUGUCCUGUCUGAACUUCGAGUCCGAUGGCCGAUGCGUGGCAUCUUGCAACCACGCUGAAGGGUUGUACGAGGCAACCGGGAGAGUUUGCGAGCGGUGUCACGCGGAAUGCAACGGUAUGUGCCACGGGCCAGGGCCAGGGAAUUGUUCCACCUGCAGACACGUCAAGGAUGGCCCGUUUUGCGUGCCAGCGUGUCCAGAGACCAAGUUUCCGGACGGGAAUGGCGUGUGUCUUCCGUGUCAUGCGGAUUGCGCCGGAGGCUGUGAUGGGCCAGGGCCACACAUGGGGCCAGGUGGCUGCACGUCGUGUCAUCGCGGCGUCGUUGAAGUCCAUGACAAUUCUGCUGUCGUCUAUUGUUUGCCGCAAGAGUCCCCGUGUCCAGCCAGCUACUUUUCGGACUUUGUUGGCGAAAGAGAAGAGAAUCCUUCGCUGAGGAACAUGAUGGGCAAAUAUGUUUGCAGACGGUGUCACGAACGCUGCAAAUCCUGCACGGGUUAUGGAUUCCACGAGUCUGUUUGCACAGAAUGUGCAUUUGUCAAGAAGGGAGAACAGUGCGAAGUGGAAUGUCCGCAUGGUCAUUUUACGGACAGAAGCCGAGAUGAAUGCUUUCCAUGUCACGAUGAAUGUAGGGGUUGCUUUGGACCAAUGCCGUCGGAUUGCUCUUCUUGUCAGAAUUUUAAAGUUUACUUGGACGAAGAAGGUGCUGUUCCUUCGGGAGUGAACGGGACGAGGAAGUUUGACUGCACGAGUUCUUGCCCGGACUUUGCUCCUCACAAGAUUUUUCCGAAGGACUCGGGAGAUGAACCUUACUGUGCCAGGGAUCCAGCCAAUGACAGAAGCGAUGCGAGCAUGCCGGUGAUUUUGGGCGCCGUGCUGGGCAGUGUGGCCCUGGGUUUCGUCGGCAUGAUCGCCCUCAUGUACAAGUGCUACCACAAGGCCAAGUUCAAGGCGGACGUGAUGAAGAUGAGCUGCGUUUAUGGGCCGCACCUCAGCGGGCCUCUCCUCCGCAACUUCGGCUGCUAA